AAUGAAGCGGAGUGAAGGAUAGAAAUAAAAAACACCUAGUAAGUGCUUGGACUUGAAAUCCCAAAUCAAAUCUUAUAGAUUCUAUCUUUGGUUGGUUAUUACACAACACCCUCACCUCAUUGCUUCAAUCUUUGCUUAUCUUACCUUACCCACUUUAUCGCCUCUCUCUCUCUUUUCUUUCCACUUUCCAUUUUCCAUUUCCAUUCCCCUCAAUUUCUUCUCACACAAACACAACCAGAUCAAUGACUUCACUAAUGUGUCUCACACACACUACCACCACACUCCCUCUCACAAACAACUACUCCUAACCUUUGAAACCAAAGAUUUCAAUACACCCAAUAUAUAUAUAUAUAUAAGAAAAAAGGAACAACUCCUCCUCUUACUACUAACAAGAAACAUAGUGAAAAUCCACACGCAAAAGCCAACAACAAACAUGAGCAGUGCCGUGAAUCUUAACACAUGGACACGCCCCAAUUUCAUGUUCAAUCAAGUUACUACAACUACUACCACCAGAUCCAGAUCCAGAUCCUCAACUUUCUAUCUCUUUACCAAAAUACCCAUCAACACUGCAAAACCACAAACCCUUCAAUUUUAUAAUAACCAUUCCGCUUCAUUUUCCGUUUCAUCUUUACUCACCAAACAAGAAACACUUGAAACUGAAGAUAAUCCAAUUUUCAAUUUCAAAACCUACAUGAUUGAAAAAGCAACUAGGGUUAACCAAGCCCUAAACGACGCCGUUUCGUUACGCGAGCCCUUUAAAGUACACGAAGCCAUGCGAUACUCUCUCCUCGCUGGCGGGAAGCGCGUCCGCCCGGUUCUCUGCUUAGCCGCCUGCGAACUCGUCGGCGGAACUGAAUCCAUGGCGAUGCCGGCGGCGUGCGCCGUCGAGAUGAUUCACACCAUGUCGCUUAUUCACGACGACCUUCCUUGUAUGGAUAACGACGAUCUCCGGCGAGGAAAACCGACGAAUCACAAAGUGUUCGGCGAGGAUGUUGCUGUUCUAGCCGGCGAUGCGCUUCUCGCUUUCGCGUUCGAACACAUCGCGGUAUCAACCGCCGGCGUUUCUCCGGCGAGAAUUGUCCGUGCAAUUGGAGAAUUAGCGAAGUCGAUCGGCUCCGAGGGACUAGUCGCCGGUCAAGUUGUCGACACAAACUCCGAAGGUUUAUCCAAUGUUGGAUUAGAGAGGCUUGAAUUCAUUCACCUUCAUAAAACCGCUGCUUUGUUAGAAGCUGCUGUUGUUCUUGGUGCGAUUCUAGGUGGUGGUUGUGAUGAAGAUGUUGAGAAAUUGAGAAAAUUUGCUAGAUACAUAGGUUUGUUGUUUCAGGUUGUUGACGAUGUUCUUGAUGUUACGAAAUCAUCACAGGAAUUGGGGAAAACUGCUGGAAAAGAUUUGGUUGCUGAUAAGGUUACUUAUCCAAAACUUUUAGGGAUUGAGAAAUCGAAAGAAUUUGCUGAGAAAUUGAACCGUGAUGCACAGGAUCAGCUUUCUGGGUUUGAUCCUCAUAAAUCUGCUCCUUUAAUUGCUUUGGCUAAUUACAUUGCUUAUAGGCAAAAUUAAACUGUUAUUAGUUUUGUAACAUUAAAUUAAACAGUUUAGGAGUUUAAGUUUAUAUGUAUCAAAUCAUUUGCUAUCAGGGAAUGUAUAAAAUAAUUCCCAUUCUUUCCCUUUUCUAUGUGCAUUUGUCUUCAUUUUUGUAUUAUGCAUUAUCCCAUGAAUUUGUAAUUAAAAUUUUGUUGUAUCAUCCUUUUGAAUUCUGCACAGGAUAUAUUGUGUGUUAAUUCAAUAGAGGAUUAUGAAACUUAAAGAAUGUUAAAUAAUUUGUCUGGCAAAUUAUGCUGGUGAACUUUACUUGAUCA